GAAACUUCAAAACGUAAAAUCUGCAGAGUGAACACACACUCACAUAGAGAGAGAGAUGAGCAGCGGAGAGGGGAAGGUCGUGUGCGUCACCGGUGCGUCCGGUUACAUUGCUUCAUGGCUCGUCAAGCUUCUUCUCCAGCGCGGCUACACCGUCAAGGCCUCCAUUCGCGACCCAAAUGAUCCAACUAAGACAGAGCACUUGCAUGCGCUUGAUGGAGCUCAAGACAGACUUCAACUUUUCAAAGCAAAUCUAUUGGAAGAAGGUUCCUUUGACUCUGCUGUUGAGGGUUGUGAGGGCGUAUUCCAUACUGCAUCCCCCUUUUAUCAUGAUGUCACAGACCCAAAGGCAGAACUACUUGAACCUGCAGUAAAGGGAACCCUUAAUGUUCUUAAUUCGUGUGCGAAAUCACCAUCAAUCAAACGGGUGGUUUUGACAUCUUCUAUAGCCGCAGUUGCAUAUAAUGGAAAACCUCGAACGCCUGAUGUAGUAAUUGAUGAGACUUGGUUUACAGAUCCAGAUGUUUGUAAGGAAUCAAAGCUAUGGUAUGUGCUUUCAAAGACUUUGGCUGAGGAUGCUGCCUGGAAAUUUGUAAAGGAGAAGGGUAUUGACUUGGUUACAAUUAACCCUGCAAUGGUGAUAGGUCCUCUGUUACAGCCAACACUUAAUACAAGUGCUGCAGCAGUUUUGAAUGUUAUUAAGGGAGCUCGAACAUUUCCAAAUGCAAGUUUUGGAUGGAUUAAUGUUAAAGAUGUUGCCAAUGCACAUAUUCAAGCAUUUGAGAGUCCUACCGCUAGUGGCAGAUAUUGUUUGGUGGAGACAGUUGCCCACUUCUCAGAAGUUGUGAGAAUUUUACGUGAGCUGCACCCUACUUUGCAACUUCCAGAGAAGUGUGCGGACGACAAGCCUUUUGUGCCAACAUAUCAAGUCUCCAAGGAGAAGGCGAAAAGCUUGGGUGUCGAAUUUAUUCCACUAGACGUUAGCCUCAAGGAAACAGUUGAAAGCUUGAAGGAAAAAGGUUUUGUCAGUUUCUGAGUCAUUUCAGUACAGUGAAGAUCUUUGCAAUAAGUUCAGUCGCGGUGAAACAUAUUCGCUGCUUCCGGCCAGACGAGAAGGAACCAUAGAGUCCUGUCUAUGUUUCACUUUGUGUUUCCGGUUUAGUGACUUGCACUCCAGCUUCGUCUUUUGGUUUGAGACUUACUCUCCAGCCUGUUGGUUCCUAUAUAUAUCACCAAUGUGUCUGCAGAAGAGAGGAAAUGGAGUAUUGAAUAAAAAUCUUGGGAGUACCCAGUCAACUCACCAUAUCUUAAGAAAA